AUUAUAUCUACCUAUUAAUUCCAACAUCACAAUCCAAGAGAUUAUAUUUUCAUCUGUCACAAGUUGCAACAGAAAGGAGAAGAAUGGGUGCAGAGGGCGAAGAAAGCAGGUCGGCAAAACUCAUCGGUUUUGUGUCCUUACUCCUCCAGCGUGUGGCUGAGUCGAACGAUCUUAGAUGUGGGGCCCGCGCUCAGAAGAUGUCGGUUUUCCACGGCCUCACGAGGCCAACAAUCUCCAUCCACAGCUAUCUGCAGAGGAUCUUCAAGUACGCAAAUUGCAGCACGUCGUGCUACAUUGUGGCCUAUGUUUAUCUCGACCGAUUCACACACACCCAUCCAACUCUCAAAAUCAACUCUUUCAAUGUGCACAGGCUGCUUAUCACUAGUGUCAUGCUCUCUGCUAAAUUCAUGGAUGACAUGUAUUACAACAAUGCAUAUUAUGCGAAAGUGGGAGGGAUCAGCACAAGAGAGAUGAACAUUCUUGAAGUGGAUUUCUUAUUUGGAUUGGGAUUUCAUUUAAAUGUGACCCCAUCAACUUUUCAUUCUUAUUGUUCUCAUCUCCAAAAAGAGAUGAUGAUCAUGCAGCCUCAGCCUCAGCUCAACAUUUCAGAGGACCCCUGUGUGUUAUAUAAUAGGAAAUCAUCAUCAUCAUCAUCAUCAUCAAAAAACUUAAUCCAUUUGUGUUUUAAUGAAGAUGAAUCGUCAUCUCACCAACAACAACAGCAACUUGCUGUUUGACAUUAUUGCAUUUUUUCAUUUUCUUUACUGGAGUUAGGUUAGAUGAAGGAUGCCUUUUAAAUUUUCUCUCUCUCUCUCUCUCUCUCUCUCUCUCUCUCUUUUUCAAGUGGAUUAUUGGGUUGGAAAUUUGGGCCAUGAUUGUACUUGUGGUCUCAUUGGACCUCUCUUGUUGUUUGUUCCUUGUUUAUCAGUGACUGUUUGGCAUUUAAUCCAAUGGAAUGUACAGUGAUUGUUUCUUGCU